AUGAACGUACGGGCCAGCCGCUGGACAUUUGAACCAGCGAUGGCAUCUACCACCAUCCUUGAAGGGCUGCUCUACGCUGCUGCACUCGGAAUCAUUUGGAUCUCUGUAUUGGUCAUUUACCGAUUAUUCUUCCAUCCCCUCUCCCAUUAUCCUGGACCAAAGCUCGCAGCAUGUAGUCAGUUGUGGUUUAUCCAAGCGUGGACCCGUGGACGCUACCCCUUUGUGAUGAAGCAAGUCCACGACAAGUAUGGCGAUGUCGUAAGGAUUGCUCCGAAUGAACUUUCUUUCCAGUCCCCAGUGGCUUACAAAGAUAUUUACGCCCGUGCUUCUAAGGAGGCUCAGUAUUUGAAAAGCGAAGUUCUCUAUAGCACCCAUCCAUCCGCCGGGCGGCCCAACAUCGUAUUUUCCCGGGAUCCACAGGAUCAUCGACGGCAACGGAAUGAAAUCUCUCAUGCUUUUAGCGGCAAAUCAUUGAGUGAGGCUCAGGUUGUGAUCGAAGACUACACAGAACUGUUUGGUGUCGAUGUCUCGGUUGUAUACAACUGGCUUACUUUUGACAUCAUAGGUCAUCUCACUUUUGGCGAAUCUUUCGACUGUGUUAAGCAAUGGAAAGGUAGCGAAUGGGUUACGCUUAUCUUGGAUUUUGCCACACAGCUAAGUCUUGGUACCGUUCUCAACCGGCUUUCAGUCCCAAGUUUUGCCCUCUCAGUCUUUAUGCCGACGAGCUUCAAGAACAGCUUGAUAUCUCACGAUAGGAUGACAGAUAAGAAGAUUGAUCAACUGGUUCAAAACAGCAAGGCUCAGGAUGACAAGGGCACACAAUCUCUUCAGCAAAGUUACUUCUUCACCCGUACAAUACGAGAGGGCGAAUUCGACCCCGUUCAUCUCCGAGAGCAGGCCAAAGUCAUGAUGCUAGCAGGAUCAGAGACAACGGCGACGUUUCUCGCUGGCGUCACCUACCUUUUACUCCAGCACCCGAAAACAUUGAUGAAACUACAAAACGAGAUCCGUUCUGCAUUUUCAUCGAAGAAGUACAUCACGAAAGAGUCGACUUUGAAGCUUCAGUAUCUAUCCGGCGUUAUUGAAGAGGGCCUUCGACUCUUCCCGCCUGCUCCCUUUGGCCUUCCUCGCGUCUGUCCUCCUGGAGCGGUGAUUGAUGGAUGCGCUAUCCCUGCGGGUACUAUCGUCUCCGUUGAUAACUUCGCCAUGUCACAUGACGCACGCAGUUUCAGCAACCCUGAUGAGUUUCGACCUGAGCGCUGGAUUGGCGGUGGCACAGGAGAUAAUCUCGCUGCAAGCCGUCCGUUCUCUAUUGGACGUCGGGCUUGUCUGGGCUUUAACCUUGCAUAUAUGGAGGCAAGAACAAUUCUUGCCAUGAUGGUAUACACGUAUGAUUGGGAGUUGGUCAAUCCAGAACUUAAUUGGUUUGACGAAGUGAGAUUCCACAUGACCUGGAAGAAGCCAGAGUUAUUGGUUCGGUUUCAUCCACGGAACAAAAAGCGCGACUAG